AUGGCCGAGGAAGAUAAAGAGUCCAACCAAGGCAAUAAUGCUAAGCCAAUUUUUGGUGCUACUGGCCGUAAAAUCAUUUAUGAUAAGGAUGGUAAACCAUGUCGUACAUGUAACUCACUUUUAGAUUUUCAAAUGGUAACCCAUGGACCUACAUUUAAAACGAAGAAACCUUCGAAGGAAACCUCUGCUUCUGCUACGCCAAAACCUUGCCCUCCAGACGUUGAAGAAAUUGGUAAAUCGUCAUGGACAUUACUUCAUUCUAUAGCAGCAACAUAUCCUGAAAACCCUUCCAACAAAGAGCAAUCUGAUUUGAAACAAUUCAUGAAGUUAUUUGGUAAUUUCUAUCCGUGUUGGUAUUGCAGGGACGAUUUUGUUGAGUAUAGUCAAAAGUCUGAACCUAAGGUCGAGACCCAGGAUGCCUUUGGCAGAUGGUUAUGUGAUGCACACAACGAAGUUAACGUGAAGUUGGGCAAGGAGAAAUUCGACUGCAAUUUGUGGAAACAGAGAUGGAAAGAUGGAUGGAAAGAUGGAAGCUGUGAUUAG